UAUGGUUUGGUCGCCGAGGUUGCGAAAAUUAAUAAGAAUUAUCUCAGACUUCGAUUACCGUUAAAACAGACGAUGUCGGGGUAGAUUACACUCGUUCUAAACAGAGCGGAGAAACAGCACCCGAAGAAAAUAUAUUAUCACAAGAACGAUCGAAUCAUACGGAAACAACCGAUGUGUUAGCGUUAGGCUAUUAACAGAACGGGUUUUUCCAAGUGUCACUUUGAAGCGUGGCUGUAAAAUGGCAGACAAUCCUUACGGUGAUGGAGGGACGAAGGAGUGGGACUUCAGUAACCGUGGUAACUCAAGGGUUGACAGCUCAAGGUCGAGGGGUGUUAACACAAGGUCAAGUUUUGACAACAUGAAGUCAAUGGCAGACAAUAGCGCUAUUGCUCAGUUGGAUAAGAUGGUCACAGACCAAGGGAGACAACUCCAUGACAUGGUGACUAAGGUGAGGCAGGAGAGGGUAAUGGCUGAUAGAGUGUUGCAGGAGAAGAACAAAGAGAUUGAGCAGAAGGAUGAAGAGAUCCAGCAACUGAGAGAUGAGCUGGCAUUGAUGAAGAAGAAGUUUGAAGAAGUCAGUGGUAGCAGAGGCGGCAGCACGUCUCGUGGUGCUGUGGGUGCAGUUGGUGUUGGCGCUGCCGUGAGCGUGACUCUGUCACGCCCUCGGACCAAGGCCCUCCUGAUGCCUGGCAUGCAAGCUGGAGACACACUCUACAAGUUCAUUGAUCGGGAUAUCCGACCAAACCAAAAAUUCAAUUCUCAGUGCCUGAAAAUCAUUGACAAACUUGUUCGCUCUCUGCAGGCAAAAACAAGCCCCUUCAACAUAAAGCGAAUAGUGAAGGGUGGCUCCUUGGGCAAGGGGACUUCUGUGAAAGAUAAGUCUGACAUUGACCUGAUCAUCUUCUUCAAUGGCUACAGUACUGUCCAGGAUCUUCAGCUUGACAAGGCGAGGUUGCUGCAGCAGCUGGAGGAGUAUGUCAAGAAAGACUGGUCUGAACAUCUCCUUUUCAAAGGGAAGACACCCUUUUCUCUUCAGUUCUAUCUGAAGAUCGAUGAUGAUGACAAGGAGCAUGAGGUGGACCUUCUGCCUGCGCUGGACAUCACCCAGAGUGGACGUCAACUGUCCGAGAUCUACAGUGAGAUGAAAGGUCUGUCAAGACCAGAGCGAGACCCGUACGCCUGUUGUGUGUCACCCCUACAGUUGGAGUUUGUCUCGGCCACAAACCGAGUGUCCACCCCCGGCAAGGUCAAGGACUUGAUCAGACUCCUCAAGUAUUGGAUCAAGGUUGAGGACGUCCCACUGCGGUCCUACUUCCUGGAGCUGCUGGUGGUCCGGCAGUGGAGGGAGGCGGGCACCCCCCAGGACAUCGACCUCGAAGGCUGUUUGAGGGAUGUCAUCAAACAGCUGAUAGACUGUAAAACCAUGGCCAUUGCUUUCAGUGACCACUAUGAUUACAAGGAUUACAGAAAAAAACUGGAGCCCCCUUUCCUGCUGGACCCAGCUAACCCAUUCCGGAAUGUGGCACCAGUUAGCAAGCGGGAAGUUGAGAUGACGGCGCGAAAAGCAGCAACUCUCCUGAAGAGAUGGGAGGAGGCAUGAGGCUGACUAACAGUGCAUCUUACUUGCAACAACCAUCACACAUGAUUGCUGAUAUUUGAUUACUGGAGAUUGUAAUGUAUAGAAGCCACACCAUUACAUCCAGAGAACAUGAUGCAUGUCAUGAGAGAUAUUAAAUCUUGACUGUCACGUACAUCUGAGUGAGUGAGUGAGUAUGGUCUUACACUGCUUUUAGCAAUUCCAGCAAUAUCACAGCAGGGACACCAGAAAUGUCGGGAAUCGGAACCCCGUUCAUCUGAGCCCCAACUAUUGGGGGGGGGGGGGUGGUGGGGUAGUAUUUCAUUUGAGCAAUACAGUGCAUUUCAAUAUAUGGGCUCAGUAUUAGACUGGAAAUAGCUGUCUCAUAUUUAAACAUACAGGUGGAUUUUGUCAAAGCAAUCAAGGCAAUUUAUGAGAACUAAAAAUGAAAAUAAAAAGGAUGCAAGAUAAA